AGGAAGGGGCGAGCGCGGCGGCGGCGGCGGCGAGGAGCUGUGCUUUCCACCUCUCCAGCCCCGGCAGGACGGGGGCGGCAGCCGCGAGCCCGGGGCGGGGACAGCACGCAGCCUCGAGGCGCGCACCCCGGCCCGGCAGCGGCCCUGACACUCAGGGCGAGCGGGAAAGCGGCGGCGGCGGCGGCGGCGGCGGCGGGGGAAGGAUGCAGGGGAAGAAGCCGGGCGGCUCGUCGGGCGGCGGCCGGAGCGGCGAGCUGCAGGGGGACGAGGCGCAGAGGAACAAGAAAAAGAAAAAGAAGGUGUCCUGCUUUUCCAACAUCAAGAUAUUCCUGGUGUCCGAGUGCGCCCUGAUGCUGGCGCAGGGCACGGUGGGCGCCUACCUGGUGAGCGUCCUGACCACCCUGGAGCGUAGGUUCAACCUGCAGAGCGCUGACGUGGGUGUGAUUGCCAGCAGCUUCGAGAUCGGGAACCUGGCGCUCAUCCUCUUCGUGAGCUACUUCGGGGCGCGCGGGCAUCGGCCACGCCUAAUCGGCUGCGGCGGCAUCGUCAUGGCGCUGGGCGCGCUGCUGUCGGCGCUGCCAGAGUUCCUGACCCACCAGUACAAGUACGAGGCGGGCGAGAUCCGCUGGGGCGCCGAGGGCCGCGACGUCUGCGCCGCCAACGGCUCGGGCGGCGACGAGGGGCCCGACCCCGACCUCAUCUGCCGCAACCGGACGGCUACCAACAUGAUGUACUUGCUGCUCAUUGGGGCCCAGGUGCUCCUGGGCAUCGGUGCUACCCCAGUGCAGCCCCUGGGCGUCUCCUACAUCGACGACCACGUGCGGAGGAAGGACUCCUCGCUCUAUAUAGGAAUCCUGUUCACGAUGCUGGUAUUUGGACCAGCCUGCGGGUUUAUCCUGGGCUCUUUCUGUACCAAAAUCUACGUGGAUGCAGUCUUCAUUGACACAAGUAACCUGGACAUCACUCCGGAUGACCCCCGCUGGAUCGGAGCCUGGUGGGGUGGCUUUCUGCUCUGCGGUGCCUUACUCUUCUUCUCUUCCCUCUUGAUGUUUGGGUUUCCACAGUCCCUGCCCCCGCACUCAGACCCCGCCAUGGAAAGCGAGCAGGCCAUGCUCCCCGAAAGAGAAUACGAGAGGCCCAAGCCCAGCAACGGGGUCCUGAGGCACCCCCUGGAGCCAGACAGCAGUGCCUCCUGUUUCCAGCAGCUGAGAGUGAUCCCAAAGGUCACCAAGCACCUGCUCUCAAACCCUGUGUUCACCUGCAUCAUCCUGGCUGCCUGCAUGGAGAUUGCAGUGGUGGCUGGCUUCGCUGCCUUCUUGGGGAAGUACCUGGAGCAGCAGUUUAACCUCACCACCUCUUCUGCCAACCAGCUGCUUGGGAUGACUGCAAUCCCGUGUGCUUGUCUGGGUAUCUUCCUGGGCGGUCUUUUGGUGAAGAAGCUCAGCCUGUCUGCCCUGGGGGCCAUUCGGAUGGCCAUGCUCGUCAACCUGGUGUCCACCGCUUGCUAUGUCUCCUUCCUCUUCCUGGGCUGCGACACUGGCCCUGUGGCUGGGGUUACUGUUCCCUAUGGAAACAACACAGCACCUGGCUCAGCCCUGGACCCCUACUCACCCUGCAAUAAUAACUGUGAAUGCCAAACCGAUUCCUUCACUCCAGUGUGUGGGGCAGAUGGCAUCACCUACCUGUCUGCCUGCUUCGCUGGCUGCAACAGCACGAAUCUGACGGGCUGUGCGUGCCUCACCACCGUCCCUGCUGAGAAUGCGACCGUGGUUCCUGGAAAAUGCCCCAGUCCUGGGUGCCAAGAGGCCUUCCUCACUUUCCUCUGUGUGAUGUGUAUCUGCAGCCUGAUCGGUGCCAUGGCACAGACACCCUCAGUCAUCAUCCUCAUCAGGACAGUCAGCCCUGAGCUCAAGUCUUACGCUUUGGGAGUUCUUUUUCUCCUCCUUCGUUUGUUGGGCUUCAUCCCUCCACCCCUCAUCUUCGGGGCCGGCAUCGAUUCCACCUGCCUGUUCUGGAGCACGUUCUGUGGGGAGCAAGGCGCCUGCGUCCUCUACGACAAUGUGGUCUACAGAUACCUGUAUGUCAGCAUCGCCAUCGCGCUCAAAUCCUUCGCCUUCAUCCUCUACACCACCACGUGGCAGUGCCUGAGGAAAAACUAUAAACGCUACAUCAAAAACCACGAGGGCGGGCUGAGCACCAAGCCAGACAGGAUUCAAAAUAAGGAGAGAAUGAGAUCGUGCGGCGGGGUCCUGGAGGCCACUCGCGCGGCUGGGCCACAGAGUCUACUUUGAAGGCACCUCAUGGUUUUCAGGAUGCUGACAGCUGCAAGCAACAGGCACUGCCAAAUUCAGGGAACAGUGGUGGCCAGCUUGGAAGAUGGACAUUUCUGGAUAUACAUACACAUACAAAACAGAAAACAUUUUUUUAAAGUUUACUAAAAUAAAAAAAAAAUUAAAAAAAACACAAGUUGAAAACAUUGCCAGAUUAAGCACUAGUGACACACCCCGUGCCACCCUCUUCCUCCAGAUGGGGGUGGGGGUGGGCGCACAAGUCCGAGGGGUGGAAGCCCCACUCCUCUCUCUGACUUUCGCAAUAUGGGUCACUGUGUAGACGACUCACCCAGUCUGCAUGCGGUUCAAGGCCCCAGAGUUCUCUCAGUGAUGCUAAUGGGUGAUCUGUGCUGGAGUUUGUAAUUGGUACCUCUCGCCAGCUCCAUUUCCAUGUUCAAGACUGAGGGCCUGAGGGGGAGCCGGGUGGGGGGGCCAGCAGCUCCCAGUGGCGGGCAUCCACCUUCCCCCAGCCCCACAGAGUGACUCAGGAAGCAGUAGGCCUCGCCUGGCUAUGACUGACCCGGCUCAGAGCUGGUGAGACCCAACACAGUCCAAGUCAUUUGCUUACAUUUGCCAAACAUUUUGCCAUUUUUAAAAGAAAAAAACACAAUCCAUAUGAAUUUCAAACUGUUGUAUGUAUAAUCCUCUAAUACUAUUUUUAACUACUUCUAAAAUCUGUUAACCCUUCAGUCACUAACACGGUUCUCUAGGCUGGAUUUAUUAUGCUGGUUGCUUUUACUUUUUUUCUCCUUUUUUAAUGCACCAAAAAUAUGUGAUACAAGGGAUGCAAUUAACCUAUUGUAAUUUUUAUCACUUUAUCCUCAUUCGGAUAUUCUACAAAAACAAGAAUAUAUAAUGUGUUAUAAGAAGAAAAAAAAAAUGCUUCAAAAAGAGUGAAUAUGCAGCCUGCCUUUAAAAGAAUCACAUUUGAGACAACAGGGGAUAAUGUGAUGAAUUGCAAAUUUGCCUUUUAGCUUUCUUCCCCAUGAUUCAGUGAUCACUGUCAUGGGAAGCCCUUUUAUAUUCAUGCUUGACAUUCCAAGAGGCGUUCUUUUCAGCCUGUGGAGGAGAAACUCUUAGAUGUGGGUUUAUGGUAUGUGGAUGCAACACUUCCGGGGAUGGGAAAGAAGAACAGUUCUCUAGCACAAGCUGUUAAGAAGUCUGUAGCGUCUCUGAUAACAAAUAGACCCACAAGCUCCUGGAAGCUGUUGUGUGUCCAAUGCAUGAAAAUGUCUUUGACAUUUUCAGGGUUAGUCUAGAACUAAGGCCCUUGUCUGUGUUUUGAAGGUGGGUGAACCUCAGAAAAUGAACCUGUUAUGAUUUGGGGUAAGAAUCACGUUAAAAAACCUCUUGCAACCAGUACACUAGGCCUUCUAUGGCCAUUUCCAUAAGGGGACAGAGCUUAGGUAAAGGCACACACUCAUACACAACCAAGGGCCCUGCUAACUUACCCCUCAUGCUUCUUCAGUAAUCUUUGUUCAUGUCACAUUCCUGGCACUGGAAAAAAAACUCAAAGAUUGAUUGGUUUGCUUUUUCACCUUGGACACAUUUGCAGUUUACCCACAAGGCAAACAAAAGAAUCAGGAAAUAAAAUAUGGUUGGGCGUGGGGCAGAUAUGGUACUAAAUUUUUAAUGAACAUUGUAAAUGAAGAGGCUUGAAUGACAGCCCAAAUCUAGAGAAAGCACUGAGCAAGACCAACGAAAAGAAAAGCUGUGUCGUGGUGUGGGGCCACCGUGAUCAGCUACCUGGGGCAGGAUGCUUCUGAGACAGGCCUUUCAUCUGCUUAGUGUUAGUAUGUCCUUAUGAAAAUGGGGACACUCAUCAGUAUGUUAACUAGUAAAGGGGAGAUGGUUCUCCAACCACUUCAUAAAAUAUGUAUGUUCUGUUGUUCCUAAGGCUUUGAGAAUAUCCUGUACAGGUUUCGGUUUAGUUUUGCAAAUGUAUUGCUAAUAGGUCACUCCUAUAGAUUAUUGCUUGGCCCUUCAAACUCAGUACACACACACUGAGGCCCUUUGACCUAGUGUUUUAUGGAACUAUUUGUUUUGAGAGAAAAAAAAAAAAAAAAAGGUUUUUAAAACUCUUUGCAUUUUGGACUUUUUUCCCUAAAAUUUUAGGAUGAAUGUGAAAAAGAUGUUAGAAUAACAGGAAGACAACUCCAGGGCUGAGUUUUAUCAGCAAUUGGGUAUAAAUUUAAAGACCCCUGUUGCAAGAUGGCUCUGAAUUCUGUUGUAUCGUCUUUUAAAAUUUUAAUUUUUCUCAUAUACUACCGAACAGAAAACUCAGUCUAGAUUUAAUUUGCCUUUUGUGCUCUAAAGAAGCAUUGUACAUACAACACUAGAUCAGCCCCCUCAAUUAUCUGUUUGGUUUCAAGUGAAUGAAAAGAUUUCCUGGUAAGAUCUCCAUUGGAUUUACAGAACACAAAAAAAUGUACGGGAUGGAAUAAACCUAGAAAGUGAA